AACGAGUGGUCCGAUUCCAGUGCUGUCAUCUUCACUGUGAAAUACUCUUCAAAAAGACAAAAACAACAACAGAUACUAUCCAAAUCCAACCGGCGGUGCCCAGAUUCUGUUAUCUAUUCCUAGCUCUCUCUCCAUCUUCUUGGACUUUCUAGAAUGGGAAGCUCAGGAGGGAUCAAUUAUGGUGCUUACACCUAUGAAAACCUUGAGAGGGAGCCUUACUGGCCCGCUGAGAAGCUUCGUAUCUCCAUAACCGGAGCGGGAGGCUUUAUUGCUUCUCACAUUGCUCGGCGCCUGAAAAGUGAGGGCCACUACGUUAUUGCUUCGGACUGGAAGAAGAAUGAACACAUGACCGAGGAUAUGUUUUGCCAUGAGUUUCAUCUAGUCGAUCUCCGGGUUAUGGACAAUUGUUUGAAGGUCACCAAGGGAGUGGACCACGUCUUCAAUCUUGCUGCCGAUAUGGGUGGAAUGGGGUUCAUUCAGUCCAAUCACUCGGUUAUCAUGUAUAAUAAUACCAUGAUUAGCUUCAACAUGAUGGAGGCUUCCAGGAUUAAUGGCGUUAAAAGGUUCUUCUAUGCCUCUAGUGCUUGCAUUUACCCCGAAUUCAAGCAAUUAGAGACUAACGUGAGCCUUAAGGAAUGUGAUGCGUGGCCUGCUGAGCCUCAAGAUGCAUAUGGUUUAGAGAAACUUGCAACUGAAGAGUUAUGCAAGCAUUAUAACAAAGAUUUUGGAAUUGAAUGCCGUAUUGGAAGAUUCCAUAACAUUUAUGGUCCAUUUGGCACAUGGAAAGGUGGAAGAGAAAAAGCCCCUGCCGCCUUUUGUAGAAAGGCCAUCACUUCAACUGAUCGGUUUGAAAUGUGGGGAGAUGGGCUUCAAACGCGUUCUUUUACUUUUAUUGAUGAGUGUGUUGAAGGUGUCCUGAGAUUGACCAAGUCAGACUUCCGUGAGCCGGUUAACAUUGGAAGUGAUGAGAUGGUUAGCAUGAACGAGAUGGCUGAGAUGGUUCUGAGUUUCGAGGACAAGAAGCUGCCAAUCCACCAUAUUCCUGGCCCAGAAGGUGUUCGUGGUCGAAACUCAGACAACACACUUAUAAAGGAGAAACUUGGUUGGGCCCCAUCAAUGAAAUUAAAGGAUGGGUUGAGAAUUACAUACUUUUGGAUCAAGGAACAAAUUGAGAAAGAGAAAACUCAAGGCCUAGAUAUUUCCAAAUAUGGAUCAUCGAAAGUAGUGGGAACUCAAGCACCGGUGCAACUUGGCUCACUCCGGGCUGCUGAUGGCAAGGAAUAACGUGGUCCUGUUCUCGAGUCAAUGUGGGGCCCUCUCAUAGCGUAACUGGGUAAUGUGGAGUCGAAAGAAUCUGGGAUGUAACUUAUUAUGGUGUUUUAUUUGAGUAGUACUUGUCGUUUUGGUAACCUAAACUGCUUUGUCCUAUGCUUUAAAUCAGUUAAGUUUUUCUGUGUAGUCAUAAACUGUUAUUGCUGGCUCCCCUUGUUCUUGUUUGUCUUGUGUAAUUUUGGGUAAUAUGUUUGCGCUAAGUUGACUAGCAAGCCGGUUGGAUUGAUUGAAAUGGACAUUAUAACGAGGAUAAGAGAACAUAUUGUUGGUAUAAUGUUAUGUAUUCUCAAUUAACCAA